CUCACCGCCCCAUCAGCGUCAGCGUUCCCUCAGUCAGUCAGUCGGUCCUCCCAUCGAGUCUCCGACCGGCGGCGGCGCAUCACGACCUUCCCCUACCUGCUAGAGCACAUCAGGGUGGUGGUUCCUGGGCAGCUUGCACUAGGCGCCGCUGCCUUCCGCCCUCUCAGGGCUCAACGGCAAAGAGGUGCAGCGACGGCGUGAUGCCAGCAGCAGCUAGCAGGUAAAGGAUGGCAGCCAUCCUGCCUAGGACCAUCUGCAAGGCGGCGGAGGCGGCGCUAUCACUACACUCUGUGCUGCCACGCGCCGCCUGCCACUUUGCGCGGUACCUGGGCGGCGUCUCCUCUGCUUGCAGCAAUCCUGGCACUGCUUCAGUGGAGUUCUUGCCGUGGCACAAUGGCGGGGGCCUCCUGCACCGGGCGGCGUCCGUUGACCCCACCGCUGUGGUGGAGCCCGGAGCAGUCGUGCACUCUGGUGCUGUCCUUGGUAGAGAGGUCGUUGUUGGUUCUGGAGCCGUGGUUGGGCCUUCAGUUUCCAUUGGGCAGUCAACUAGGAUCGGGUACAAUGUUGUCUUAAGCAAUUGCUCAGUGGGUGACUUCUGUAUUAUUCACAAUGGAGCCUCCAUUGGUCAAGACGGUUUUGGGUUUUUUGUGGAUGAUGCUGGACAGGUUAAGAAGAAACCACAGACGCUGUACGCAAAAAUUGGAGACCAUGUAGAAAUAGGCGCAAACACAUGCAUUGACAGAGGCAGCUGGAGAGAGACAAUUAUCGGAGAUCAUACUAAGAUUGAUAAUCUGGUCCAGAUAGGCCACAAUGUGGUAAUUGGAAAGUGCUGCAUGAUAUGUGGGCAAGUAGGGAUUGCUGGUUCUGCAACACUGGGGGACUAUGUUACAUUGGGUGGUCGAGUGGCAAUUCGGGACCAUGUCUCCAUUGUAUCAAAGGUUCGACUCGUAGCUAAUAGCUUGGUGACAAAGGAUAUUCAGGAGCCUGGUGACUAUGGUGGAUUCCCUGCUGUACCGAUAAAUGAAUGGCGCCGGCAAAUUGCAAAUAUGCGGUUGUUCUCAAAGAAAGAUGGCAUGAAGAGAUAGCAUCCAGCAACUCCCUCCCCAGAAAAAAAAGUUGCUGCAGCACCUCAUUUUUAAUAGGGCAACAUUUGUUUGGCUUAUAAGGUUCAGACCAGAUCACCUGUAGUGGAGAACGAGGGGAUGGUGUGCUUCAGCAUUUCGGGUAUACAAUGGAAUUUGACCUUUCGAAAGGUUUUUUUUUAUGACUGUUGGUUAUUUAACUUGGUAUUAACAAAGCUCUGUAUCAGUCACAGAUUAUUUUCUAGCUCUGUCUGCUCUUCAUGCCUCUUUCAGAGAUAGUACAUUGUAGUAUACCAUCAUGUUCUUAGUCAUGAGUUAAGUUUCAGAGUUUCAGGCAGCA